AUGGUAGCGCCUACAGUCGCCGACACUACCAGUGACAUCUCUCCAAUGGUAGCGCCUACAGUCGCCGACACUACCAGUGACAUCUCUCCAAUGGUAGCGCCCACAGCCACCGACACUGCCAGUGAUAUCUCUCCAAUGGCAGCGCCUACAGCCGGCGACACUGCCAGUGACAUCUCUCCAAUGGUAGCGCCUACAGCCGGCGAAACUACCACCACCGACACUGCCAGUGACAUCUCUCCAAUGGCAGCGCCUACAGCCAUCGACACUAACAGACACAUCUCUCCAAUGGCAGCGCCUACAGCCACCGACACUGCCAGUGAUAACUCUCCAAUGGCAGCGCCUACAGCCGGCGACACUUCCAGUGACAUCUCUCCAAUGAAAGCGCCUUCAGCCACCGACACUGCCACGCCUACAGCCAUCGACACUAACAGUGACAUCUCUCCAAUGGCAGCGCCUACAGCCACCGACACUGCCAGUGAUAUCUCUCCAAUGGCAGCGCCUACAGCCGGCGACACUUCCAGUGACAUCUCUCCAAUGAAAGCGCCUACAGCCGGCGACACUUCCAGUGAGAUCUCUCCAAUGGUAGCGCCUACAGCUGCCGACACUGCCAGUGGCAUCUCUCCAACGGUAGAGCAUACAGCCGCCGACACUACCACGCCUACAGCCAUCGACACUGCAAGUGACAUCUCUCCAAUGGCAGCGUCUACAGCCACCGACACUGCCAGUGAUAUCUCUCCAAUGGCAGCGCCUACAGCCGGCGACACUUCCAGUGACAUCUCUCCAAUGGUAGCGCCUACAGCCGGCGACACUACCACGCCUACAGCCAUCGACACUAACAGUGACAUCUCUCCAAUGGCAGCGCCUACAGCCACCGACACUGCCAGUGAUAUCUCUCCAAUGGCAGCGCCUACAGCCGGCGACACUUCCAGUGACAUCUCUCCAAUGAAAGCGCCUUCAGCCACCGACACUGCCAGUGACAUCUCUCCAAUGGCAGCGCCUACAGCCAUCGACACUGCAAGUGACAUCUCUCCAAUGGCAGCGUCUACAGCCACCGACAAUGCCAGUGAUAUCUCUCCAAUGGCAGCGCCUACAGCCGGCGACACUUCCAGUGACAUCUCUCCAAUGGUAGCGCCUACAGCCGGCGACACUACCACGGCUACAGCCGGCGACACUUCCAGUGACAUCUCUACAAUGAAAGCGCCUUCAGCCACCGACACUGCCAGUGACAUCUCUCCAAUGGCAGCGCCUACAGCCAUCGACACUGCCAGUGACAUCUCUCCAAUGGCAGCGUCUGCAGCCACCGACACUGCCAGUGAUAUCUCUCCAAUGGCAGCGCCUACAGCCGGCGACACUUCCAGUGACAUCUCUCCAAUGGUAGCGCCUACAGGAGGGGCCACUACCACCGGCGACUCUUCCAGUGAGAUCUCUCCAAUGGUAGCGCCUACAGCUGCCGACACUGCCAGUGGCAUCUCUCCAACGGUAGAGCCUACAGCCGCCGACACUACCAGUGACAUCUCUCCAACGGUAGAGCCUACUGCCGCCGACACUACCAGUGACAUCUCUCCAACGGUAGCGGCUACAGCCGCCGACACUGCCAGUGACAUCUCUCCAACGGUAGCGGCUACAGCCGCCGACACUAACAGUGACAUCUCUUCGAUGAAAGCGCCUACAGCCGGCGACACUUCCACUGCCGACACUGCCAGUGACAUCUCUCCAACGGUAGCGCCUACAGCCGGCGACACUGCAAGUGACAUCUCUCCAAUGGUAGCGCCUACAGCCGGCGACACUGCAACGCCUACAGCCGGCGACACUAACAGUGACAUCUCUCCAAUGGUAGCGCCUACAGCCGGCGAAACUACCAGUGACAUCUCUCCAAUGGAAGCGCCUACAGGCGGGGACACUGCCAGUGACAUCUCUCCAAUGGUAGCACCUACACCUGGCGACAGUACCAGUGACAUCUCUCCAAUGGUAGCGCCUACAGCCGGGACACUACCAGUGACAUCUCUCAAAUGGUAG